AUGCCUUGUAGGUCUCAAACUCAGCAGUCGAAGCAUUAUUUGACAAUGAGCGGUGGUGAAGACGCACACGGCUAUUCGAUCGAAGAGAAAGGAUCACUCUAUACGACUGAUUAUCGUGUUUACUUCAAGGGUCCGAAAGGUUACAUCUCACCAUGGCACGAUGUGCCAUUGUAUGCGGAUGAAGCCAAGAAAAUCUACAAUAUGAUCGUCGAGAUUCCAAGGUGGACAAACGCCAAGAUGGAGAUGGCAACAAAAGAAGCGAUGAGCCCAAUCAAGCAAGACAUCAAGAAGGGCGCAGUUCGCUUCGUCGAUAAUGUGUUCCCACAUCAUGGCUACAUUUGGAACUAUGGGGCGUUACCUCAGACUUGGGAAGAUCCGGGACAUGUGGACAAAGAGACGAAAGCGAAAGGGGAUAAUGACCCUAUUGAUGUGAUCGAAAUUGGUUCCAAAAUUCAUAAACGUGGUGAUAUUGUAAAGGUUAAAGUUGUGGGCACAAUUGCGCUCAUCGACGAAGGUGAAACAGAUUGGAAAUUAGUGGCGAUCGACGUCAGCGACCCGGUUGCUGCGGAAAUCAAUUCAACCGAAGAUGUUGAGAAGCAUUUUCCGGGAUUACUGAGGGCUACUCACGAAUGGUUCCGCACUUAUAAGAUCCCAGCUGGUAAACCGGCAAACCAAUUCGGCUUCGGUGGUCAGUACAAAAAUGCUGAAUUCGCAGAGAAGAUCAUCGUUGAAACACACGAAUUUUGGAAGAAACUCAUCAAAGAGGCUUCGCCACAGUUGAAUACUGAAACGAAUGUUGAGGGCUCGGCGCACAUGGCAUCGCAGGAAGCGUGGAAGAAGAUUGUAGAGUCACAACCGGCCGUCGGUAAAGCUAAUGACAUCCCGGCAUCUUUGGAUAGAUGGCAUUUCAUUCAGGGAUGAACUUAAUCCUCUUUCGUAUCCUAGGCGAUAUAAUANGAUAUGCGUGUCUGUUUGUGAUAUUGCUAUUGAUUAUAUGUUACAUUGGCUGUGUUCUCUAUCAAAUUUAUAUAUUUCGAGCCAAUCCCAAAUCCCGUGUGAAGAUAAGAUGUUCUCAUGUUAAAUGAAAGGAUUCAUAACGUUGUUCUAUGUUGUUUUAAUUUCUG